UGUCCUCAGUGAAGCUUGGGCAGACCGGACAAGACCGAAGUCCCGGGUUCCUUCAAGGUCACCCCGGACGCCCUCUCACUGGCCCUCCAAGAGCCCCUUGCCCCUUCUCUGCCUCCUGCAACUCCUGGCCUGAGACUCAGCAUGGCGGACCAGAGCGGCAAUGCGGCCCCGCCCCCGGUCCGACGCCGCUCCUCGGCCAACUACCGCGCCUACGCCACCGAGCCGCACGCCAAGAAAAAGUCUAAGAUCUCCGCCUCAAGAAAGCUGCAGCUGAAGACCCUGAUGCUGCAGAUUGCGAAGCAGGAGCUGGAGCGGGAGGCGGAGGAGCGGCGCGGAGAGAAGGGGCGCGCUUUGAGCACGCGAUGCCAGCCUUUGGAGCUGGCUGGGCUGGGCUUCGAGGAGCUGCAGGACUUGUGCCGACAGCUCCAUGCCCGUGUGGACAAGGUGGAUGAGGAGAGAUACGAUGUGGAGGCGAAAGUCACCAAGAACAUCACGGAGAUUGCAGAUCUGAAUCAGAAGAUCUUUGACCUUCGGGGCAAGUUUAAGCGGCCCACCCUGCGGAGGGUGCGGAUCUCUGCGGAUGCCAUGAUGCAGGCACUGCUGGGGACCAGGGCUAAGGAGACCUUAGACCUUCGGGCCCACCUCAAGCAGGUGAAGAAGGAAGACACCGAGAAGGAAAACCGGGAGGUGGGAGACUGGCGUAAGAACAUCGACGCGCUCAGUGGAAUGGAGGGCCGCAAGAAAAAGUUUGAGGGCUGAGCCGCCCUGGCCCUGAGAAUGGCCCUGAGGAAUAAAGCUUCUCUCUG